CGGCUGGGAUUAGGUCAUUGCUAGCAGGUUCGGCCGGCCCGGACGCCGGCUGGGCGGCCGAGGCUGCUGUGAGAGGGCGCUCGAAGCUGCAGAAGAGCGAACUGGCGAAGGAGGCGGGGAGGCGGCUGCUGCACUCGCUCGACUGCUCGUUCCCUUGCCUUCGCCGCUGUGGGUCCGCCGCUGCUCUUCCUGCUCCGCGGCCUCUCGGUUACACGCCGUUGGAGCAGCCGCUCUUCGUUCGCGUCCAGGCUCUGUUCAGGAGUCGUGCGCGCCCGCGGACACCGCGCUGAGAGCGAGCCGGCGCCACACCUGUGGAGCCGGCGGGCGUCGGGGGUGCCGGCCAGGGUCUCGCCGCGUGCGUGCUCCGGACUGCGGGCCGCCGGAGCCCCGGGGGAGGCGCGCCCCCCGGCUGGGCGCCGCGGACACCAUGGGGCUGCCCGCGCUCGAAUUCAGUGACUGCUGCCUCGACAGCCCUCACUUCCGAGAGACGCUGAAGUCGCACGAAGCGGAGCUGGACAAGACCAACAAAUUCAUCAAGGAGCUCAUCAAGGACGGGAAGUCACUCAUCAGCGCGCUCAAGAAUUUGUCUUCAGCGAAGCGGAAGUUUGCAGAUUCCUUAAAUGAAUUUAAAUUUCAGUGCAUAGGAGACGCAGAAACAGAUGAUGAAAUGUGUAUAGCAAGGUCUUUACAGGAGUUUGCCACCGUCCUCAGGAAUCUUGAAGAUGAACGGAUACGAAUGAUUGAGAACGCCAGUGAAGUGCUCAUCACUCCCUUGGAGAAGUUUCGAAAGGAGCAGAUUGGGGCUGCCAAGGAGGCCAAAAAGAAGUAUGACAAGGAGACAGAGAAGUAUUGUGGCAUCUUAGAAAAACACUUGAAUUUGUCUUCCAAGAAGAAAGAGUCUCAGCUUCAGGAGGCAGACAGCCAAGUGGACCUGGUCCGGCAGCAUUUCUAUGAAGUAUCCCUGGAGUACGUCUUCAAGGUGCAGGAAGUCCAAGAGAGGAAGAUGUUUGAGUUCGUGGAGCCUCUACUGGCAUUCCUACAAGGACUCUUCACUUUCUAUCACCAUGGUUAUGAACUGGCCAAGGACUUCAACGACUUCAAGACACAGUUGACUAUCAGCAUACAGAACACAAGAAAUCGCUUUGAAGGCACCAGGUCGGAAGUGGAAUCCCUGAUGAAGAAGAUGAAGGAGAAUCCCCUUGAGCACAAGACCAUCAGUCCUUACACUAUGGAAGGGUACCUCUAUGUCCAGGAGAAACGUCACUUUGGAACUUCCUGGGUGAAGCAUUACUGUACAUAUCAACGGGAUUCCAAACAAAUCACCAUGGUACCAUUUGACCAAAAGUCAGGAGGAAAGGGGGGAGAAGAUGAAUCAGUCACCCUCAAAUCCUGCACACGGCGGAAAACAGACUCCAUUGAGAAGAGAUUUUGCUUUGACGUCGAAGCAGUAGACAGGCCCGGGGUUAUCACCAUGCAGGCAUUGUCUGAAGAGGACCGAAGGCUCUGGAUGGAAGCCAUGGAUGGCAGGGAACCUGUCUACAACUCAAACAAAGACAGCCAGAGCGAAGGGACUGCACAGUUGGACAGCAUUGGCUUCAGCAUCAUCAAGAAAUGCAUCCAUGCUGUGGAAACCAGAGGGAUCAAUGAGCAAGGGCUCUACCGAAUUGUGGGGGUCAAUUCCAGAGUGCAGAAGCUGCUAAGCGUCUUGAUGGACCCCAAAACAGCUUCUGAAACAGAAAUGGAUAUCUGUGCCGAGUGGGAGAUAAAGACCAUCACUAGCGCUUUGAAGACCUACCUAAGAAUGCUUCCAGGACCACUCAUGAUGUACCAGUUUCAAAGAAGUUUCAUUAAAGCAGCAAAGCUGGAGAACCAGGAGUCUCGAGUCUCUGAAAUCCACAGCCUUGUUCAUCGGCUCCCAGAGAAAAACCGGCAGAUGUUACAGCUGCUAAUGAACCACUUGGCAAAUGUUGCUAGCAACCACAAGCAGAAUUUGAUGACAGUGGCAAACCUCGGCGUGGUGUUUGGACCCACCCUGCUGCGUCCUCAGGAAGAAACUGUAGCAGCCAUAAUGGAUAUCAAGUUUCAGAACAUAGUCAUUGAGAUCCUAAUAGAAAAUCAUGAAAAGAUAUUUAACACCGUGCCAGAUGCGCCCCUCACCAAUGCCCAACUGCACCUGUCUCGGAAGAAGAGCAGCGACUCCAAACCCCCGUCCUGCAGCGAGAGGCCCUUGACGCUCUUCCACACCGUGCAGUCGACAGAGAAACAGGAACAAAGAAACAGCCUCAUCAACUCCAGUUUGGAAUCUGUCGUCUCUUCAAAUGCGAACAGCAUCCUCAAUUCCAGCAGCAGCUUACAGCCCAACAUGAACUCCAGUGACCCAGACCUGGAUGUGCUCAAACCCACCCGGCCCAACUCACUCCCCCCGAAUCCAAGCCCAACUUCACCCCUCUCGCCAUCUUGGCCCAUGUUCUCGGCGCCAUCCAGCCCUAUGCCCACUUCAUCCACGUCCAGCGACUCAUCCCCCAUCAGGUCUGUUGCAGGGUUUGUUUGCUUUUUUGUUGCUGCCGUUGUUCUCUCAUCGGCUUGGUCCUCUCUUCAUGCAGUGUUCAGCCUCCUCGUCAACUUUGUUCCCUGCCAUCCAAACCUGCACUUGCUUUUUGACAGGCCAGAAGAAGCAGUUCGUGAAGACUCCAGCACACCAUUCCGGAAGGCAAAAGCCUUGUAUGCCUGCAAAGCAGAACACGACUCCGAGCUCUCAUUCACAGCAGGGACGGUCUUCGAUAAUGUGCAUCCGUCCCAGGAGCCUGGCUGGUUGGAGGGGACUCUGAAUGGAAAGACGGGCCUCAUACCCGAGAACUAUGUGGAGUUCCUCUAACCAGGAGCCCUGGCAGAACUGCUGAGCUUUCCACUGUAUCCAUGACAACUGCUGAUUCCAGUGUUGUGGACCAUUGCUCUUUGCCGCUGAGAAAUACAGGGUGACUGACUCUGCUGCUACCUGUCAGCACGAACGUUUUCCUAAACUCUGGUGUCACACAUCCCCGUGAUCAUCUCAGCUGACAUGCGGUGAUACUGCAAGAAACAGAAGGAAAUCGGCAGAGGAGGCCAUUUGGUUUUGAUUACCACGAGAAAGGCUUACAGAGCCAUGUCUCUUAUUUAGCACCCUACAUGGGGUGUGCUCAUUUUGUUUUCACAGUCAUCUAAAACCCAACCUUCUGAAAAAGGAAGUGAGAUACAAGUAGUCCCCAAGAGCGUGCAGUGUAGCCAGCUCUGACAGGGCUGGGCAGUGGCCUGAGAUCCAGGCUGGGUCCACUGCUUUUGUUUACAGUAGACACUCACUCUACCCCAUCUCUGAAUACUUGAGUCCCGCAGUGCUCCAGGCUGCUGGGUCUGUUUGUUUGCAUGAAGGAUGGAGAGGGGUCACGGCACUGGUUACACAAGAUCCAAUCUCACCAUCUCUCAAGCAGCCAUUGGCCCAGCAUCAGUAGAAUUCUGUCCAGUCCUCUCAUGCAAGAGAACACACACUCCAGGGCCCCCCUCCCAAGCUGGGAACUUCUCUGCCACCGAGGGCUGCCAUCACCUCAUAACCAUGGCGACCCAGCCUACUCUAAACCAAACCAAAAAGUAACACAAAAUCUUUGCAUGACAUAUUUUUUUGCCUCCUCCCCGCUUCAGUCAUUUUUUGAAUGGUUUUCCAACAACCUGGUCAAGUUCUGUGCUUCCCUGAUGGCUCAGCUGGUAAAGAAUCCGCCUGCAAUGCAGGAGACCUGGGUUUGAUCCCUGGGUUGAGAAGAUCCCCUGGAGAAGGGGAAGGCUACCCACUCCAGUAUUCUGGCCUGGAGAAUUCCAUGGGGUUGCAAAGAGUCAGACAUGACUGACUGACUUUUAAUUAACAAGGUCUACUUGGGGGCAGAUGGAAUAGCAGCUGAGAACUGUUCCCUUUCUGAUGAAUUUCAGCAGCACCAGGAUAUAUUUGGAGCAAACUCUAGUAACCUCUUGAGAUUAAAUUACAUACAGGCUUAAUAUUUCUGUUCUUGCAUGCAACUCGUGUCUGUUUUCUAGAGGGCAACAUGCUGCCUCCUAAAGAGGGACACCCUCUAUCUCUCUCGUUCCCUCCCAUUCACCUGUCCCUCCCCCUGCCCUUGCCUGCCUCUAGCCUGCCACUGACCAGCUCCCCUGGCCAUGCCCUGGGUUGCUCAGCACUGGUGCCCUGGAGGUUUUCAGGCAUGACUCCUGAGCUAAUAACCCCAUGGCCUCCAGUUUAAAAGGACAUACAUGUUCACUGCCACUCAGAAAAAGGGAAUUGUUUCUCAGGCUUUUGGGGCGUGAGACUAAUAUCAUAAGCCAUUGUGAUUUAGGAGGAUGCCACAAGGUUGGGGCAUGGAAGGUGGGAUGGGUACCUUCUGAGAAAGAGGAUUUCCUGGACCAGAAGGGGCUGGGUCUUGUGGAAGACCACCUUGGAUGGGGAAGUUUGGCCUGGACAUUUCAACUCCACUUGGCUUCCAAAGAAGAGAGUCCCAGUAUUUUCCACACUUGAAUGUCCCUGCAAGAGUGAUUCUGGGCAGACCAACUCCAAAGUGAGGGACUGUCAAGCUCCCUGAGAGCCCUUCAGGAAUGGCAGCCUUGUUCCAGAGUGUGUCCUGCUUCCGGAAUGCCUCUUGAGGGAACUUUAAAGAAGAAAAGAAAAACUUGAAUUGUGUUGAAUUACUGUAUCUUUUACAUUUUUUUGAAAAGAUAAAUUUGUAAAUAGAGUGAUUUGAAAUACUAUAUGGCAAAGUUUUAUAUUUGAUAUUCUUUAAGCUAGUUGCUUCGCACAUUUAAGCUUUGAUUGCUGAACAAGUGUGUAUAUGAGGCGGAGAAGGGGACACAUGGUCAGAGAGAGCCAAGGUCAGCCCCUCUCUUGCCUUGAGGAAGAAGAUAUUUCCACAUAUUCUUGCUGGUUCUUGGUGGUGGACGUGGCACAUUAAUGGUGUUCAGUCUUCUUUAUCCAGAUGUGGUUUUUUAGGCAUUUCUUGGGCUUUGGAUUUGGAGAUGGAAAGAGCAUCUUCAGGCAAUUAACUUUUCCAAGAACUCCUACCCAGUAGUAAGAUGAAGCUCAGGAUUUAAACAGGUGAGGCCAAGGGUUAGAUUUUUUUUUUUUUUCAUUUUUCUUCUCAGGUGUAUUUCUUGGUACCCCAAAGUACCAGGACAGAAGAUGGGAUUAUUGUGUGCUCAUUGUAUCUUAUUCUUCUGGCACAUCUUAUAAGGCUUUAUAACCAAGUCCAAGCUAAAAUUUGCAAAUAUUUUGUGUGUCUAGGUUCUAAGAAAAACUGGCUUAGGAUAUUUAGUUCUUGAUAUGCUGCUGCUUCCUUUUUCCCUAAACAUGUUUAUUCAUCUCAGAUUUCCUCUGGCUCCAAAAUAAGGGAAAAACUCCAAAGAGGGAUGGAGAUUGUGCUAUUAUAGCUUUCUAGAUGGCUUUAAAGGUAAUAGGAGUUUGUUGUGAUUCAUUCCAUCAGCUCAGGGAUGACACAGCUAUUACCCAACCCAGAGCACGCGAGACACUACCAGUGGAUGAGGAAAUAAGAAUUAAGAUUGGAGAAGACUGAGAUAGGACUCAGGGAAGCUAUUAUUGAAAACCCAAGAAGAAAAGGCACAUAGGGGCAGCAUACAUGUACUCCUUGCAGACUUUGAACAGCUUGGGGACCUGUUCACAGGGGCCAGAGGGGACCAGCACACUCUGUACCACUGUGCUUUCUAACUAGAGUGCAACAUAAUGCUUUUAAUACAUUUGACAUUUUAGAUCACCUGCCCCAUCAGAACCUUAACUGGAGCUACUGUGGGGGUGGCCAGAAGGUCCAGACCCUGGCUUUCAGAGUUCCUUACUGAAGCGUACCUGUAAACAUUUGGCCCCACCUUGACCACUUUGGAAGCAUGUCCCUCCCUCCUCAGUUGGCCCUGAUUUGAAGCUGAGGGAAAUUGGACUGGCGCCAAUGGGAAUUUUAGGUAGAGCCCUUCCUAGUUUCUCUGGGCAAUGCUGGGCCCUGACAGAUGGCUGCUCUGCUUCCCUUUCCCUGGCCAGGCUCCCCUCCUCCCCACCAGCUACAGAACUGGAGACACUGUUCAGAAUAUGAGCCAACGAAAAAGAAGGAACUUACAGACUGAAAAUGGGUUUUGCCCUCCACUACCUUUGCUCCCCACUUCUGACUCUUGUCUUCUGGAAAAAGGAAUGUUAGGGCAGAUUAGGGGAGUGAACUGGGUAUCAGAGUGGACUACUAUGGAGCAAAAUCUCUGAGCUUUCCCAGGAGUCUCAUGUUGCUUUUGGAAGGCCCUGGGAUCAGGUUGGCAGACAUAGCCUGAGUCUUCUGCGGGCAUCAAGAUCAGUCUCUUGCUCCUCCUCCAGGUACUCCCAGAAUUCCAUGGCUACAGAAUACCAUGUCUUGAGAAGACAAUUAGUUUCACAUUCUUCCCCCAACUCCGCAGGAAAAUAAAGUCUUGACUUGCUCAAGACUGAUGAUAUUCUCUUCUCUUUUCAAAUCUGAACAUAGAGGCACGGAUCCUGUAUAGCACUGCCAGCCAUGGUGUCCCAGGAUUGGAGCCAGUUUUUAGCUUGGUUUUUCAGUAUUUCUACAGACGAUAUGUAUUUCCUUAUGCCAGACCAAACUGGGUUUUGUGUUUUUUCCCAGCAUAAUUCCAGUUCAUGUCCUCUUGCUGAGUCCUUUUUGGAUAGAGAGGCAGAGAGAAAGAGAGGAAAUGGAACAGUCAGGUAUUGGCCAACUGGCGUUAGCAACUCAAAGUCAUGCUAGUGACAGUGGCAUUUCAGGUUUGCCAAGACUGCAGUUACGAAUGCCAUGCCUGUAGCUCACAUGGAGGUCCUUCUGCCGUGAGAGUUUGUGUCUCUUGAAAGUAGCAACCCCAGUGACACCAAAAACUAUUUUGACUGUAUAGAUUCUAAAAACAUCCAUGAUUGAGGAGUAGUGAGACUGAAAUAAUCCACUGAAGUAACAUGAUCAACUACUCAUGACUGUCUAUUGGCACAUUUCAUCGUUGGCUCUUGUUUCCAAAAGAAGCAAGUCUGGACCACUCGGCUCCAUAGACACGGAACUCCUGGGCCCAACAGCGGCUGUUACGGCACUCGCAGUCCCCCAGCAUCGAAUGUCUUAUGAGCGAGCACGUUGCCCAAGUAGGUAGCCAGCGCUGAGGGAACGCAGCAGCCUCUUGACUGCCUGACUUGGACAGGAAUGGCCUGGGUGUUCUUCUAGGGAGUUAUCUGUCAUAUCUGGCAAACUUGACAGUGAUUAUUUACCUUGACAACCCUGCCCCCCUCUUUUAAGUCACCUGGGUGUCCUCUCACACACCCUGUGUCAGCACUUAAAAAAUGUAUCUUGUCGUGCUUCAGAUGUGUUUGACAGUCAGGCUGGUGUGCUGGGUGCAGAAUCACUUUUCUGUAAGUGUAGCCUCCCAAUGACAACAGCCAUGGAAUAAUGGACCUUGCACAAACCUGAGCAUACCUGAGACCAGACUCCACCAAGUCAUAAUUAGUUUUUUCCUUCUACUGCCUACAGUACCUAUCUAACUAAGGAACUUCCUCGAGCAGAGGGAGGCUGCGUAGAGAAUCCACACAUCAUCCAGAGCCAGCCCUGGCUAAAAUGUGGCCUCCUAAUGGAAGGACUUGUAUUCUUAGAAGAAAAAGGAUGGGGUGUAGAGUAGUGCGAGUAGCAGAAAGGGAUAAACCAUGCUGAAGAACUGUGGAUUUUUUUAAAGAAAGAUAAAUGUAGUUCUUAAUAGGGGCGGAAUCUAUCACAUGAAAAGGUCACAACUAAUAUUUUACAAAAGUUUUACAGGACACUACAAGAUGAAAACAUCUUUCAAGGCAGAAUGCCUUAGCAAGCAAGGCUAAGGACCUUAGCACAGUCCUGGACCCAUGUAAGUAUAGCAAUUACUAUUAAAUCAGAAUUCUGCUGAGUGUAGUCAGUGAGAACCAGGAGUAGUGAUAAAGUGUCAGAAUUACCUGGGCAGUCCUGGAGGGGUCAAGACAUUCAGCACCUUUCCACAUCAACCAUUUCUAUAGAACUGUCCAAACAGACCCUGCAUGCAGCUUCUUUGGGUAUCCAGAUGCCAGGGUCAACCUUGUACCUGUGAAAAGAGGUUCAUCUGGUGAUUCUUAAGUGUAUAUGUAUUAGUAUGUGUUUGUGUGUGUGUGUGUGUGUGUGUGUGUGUGUACAGCUCACAUUUACGUAUAUAACGAAACAGACUCUCUUUUAGAAACCCACAUAAGCUGGCAGUUGCUGAGCCUUGACAGCCUUUAAGAUUUAAAGGUUGAGAAUUACAGAAACAAGAGAGGCUGUUGAUAGACGAUCAGAAUGAUCAAAGAUGUAAAUUAAGUGCCAUUUUGAAAUUUUGUUCAUAUUUAUCAGAUGGUUACUAUCUACAGCUAUAUUCCUUAUUAACUUAUUAAGAGUCAUGUUGGAAAAAAAAGAUCAAACUCAUAAACAGUAAGUCAUUCAUACUAGGAUAGUGUUCACAAGCACUCUAAAAGACAUUUUGUCCAUCACUUUGAAGAAAAUAUUUGCAUGUUUAGUUCAUAAUUUAGGCUACCUUUGGGUAUAUUAUAAAGUGCUGUGUGAUAUAAUAUCAAUAAAGUACUUAAAAAUGGCACUUUAAUGUUUUUUUAAAAACCAUAAAUGCACUGUUUUAAACUUCAGUUCAGUAUUGAAUAUUGACUGGUGUGUAGAAUCCUAUUUCUUAAUUAAAAAGUAACUUGUGACUAGAAUAGAACUUUCCCCCUGUUAUUCAUAAAACAAUUUUGCCAUGUUUGGGCUUUAGAACAACAACAACAAAAAAAAACUGUGCUUUCGUGUCACUAAGCAUAUCUAUAAAGAAAAUAUAGUUUCUGUUGAGUGGCCUCUGAAACUUGGCUUUCUUACAUUUGGUUGGUUUAUGUGACAAUCUUUGUGAAAUGAGUGGAAGUAUGAUUUUUGAAUUAAAUGACUUUUCCAUUUGGUGGUA